AUGAAGUGGCCUAUUUGUGGACCAAAAUUAUCUUUAUGCUGUUCGAUUAUAUCAGUAUGGGGCAUAAUACAAUUUAUAUUAUUGGGUAUAUUUUUUUUUAUUCAAUCAGCUCCAUUAAUAGAUGAUUUCGAAUUUGAAAAGAAGAAUGCAACGGACAUACUAGUAUUUGAAGAAGGUCUUAAAGAAGCUUUUCAUCAACGUGCUUAUAAUUGUUGGGUUGCAGCAUUUCUUUAUGUUGGUUUAUUAAUAUUUGCUGGUAUACAAUUUAAGACUCAUUUAAAACAAUCAUCAACACCUAACGUUCCUCCAUCUAUUACAUCACCAUUUCUCGGUGUUACAACAGACAUGACAGAUCGUACUCAACAAUAUGGAAUACAAUAUACUAAUGAUCAUAGUGAAACAUAA